UAGCUACAGAAACACACACACAGAACACAUCCACAGACCUUGAAGAUUGCUGGGACAACAGCGAUGAAUCAGUCGGCGACGAGCAUCUUGCUCUCCCUCUGCAGAGCUGGGUGAGGAGCUCUGCCGUGGAAAAGCCUCAUCUGCCAGGACCACAGGCCUGCCUGUCAGCUCUAUGAGAAACAGACUGUGCUGUGCGGUGACUGCCCUGAGUCUGGGGAGAGAGCGGGCCGCCUCUGGCCCACGCGUCUGCUGCUGAGUGGAUUAGCAGAGAGGGGGCGCCGAGAUGUCCUUCGCCAUGGUGCGGCCGAGCGCCGGACACCUCCUGUGCUCGGAGCUGACCGCCCUGUCAGGGGACGAGGAGAACAGCAGCGAGGACUCGCACUCCGACCACAAGUCCUUCUGUCUGGACGCGGCGGGCCUGGGCGGCCUGAAGGCCGCGACCAGGAAGCGCAAGCUGGGCUGCCAGGCGGGCGAGGCGCGCGCCUUCGUGGCCGAGUUCCGGCAGCGCAACGCGGCGAACGCCCGGGAGCGCGACCGCACCAACAGCGUCAACACGGCCUUCACGGCGCUGCGCACGCUCAUCCCCACCGAGCCGGCCGACCGCAAGCUGUCCAAGAUCGAGACGCUGCGCCUGGCGUCCAGCUACAUCUCCCACCUGGGCAACGUGCUGCUGCUGGGGGAGGCCGGCGGGGACGGACAGCCCUGCAACCGCCCGCCCGCCGGCCUCCACCGGACCCCGCGGGGCCACACGCGCAACGCCCCCCCCAGCCCCGGCCCCGACACCGAGAACUCCCAGCCCAAACAGAUCUGCACCUUCUGCCUCAGCAACCAGCGCAGGAUGAACAAGGACCGUGACAGAAAAUCAGCAAUAAGGAACUAAUACUGAAGACCCAAAAUGUCACAAUAAGAAGAUCUCUAUGAUGUAUAUACUGUGUUCUUUGUUGUAAAUAU